AUGGCCUCCACAUCCAGUCCGACAAACCUACGGGUGCUCAUCUCAGGCAUUGGGAUCGCCGGGCCUGUGGCCGCCUAUUGGCUCAGCAAGGCGGGCGUCUCAGUCACCGUGUUGGAGCGCUGCGAUUGCCUUCGAAAGGAGGGACAAACAGUUGAUAUUCGGAACGAAGGAGUUAAGGUCAUGAAAUGGAUGGCGGUCGAGGAAGAGGUUCGAAGACGAACAACGAAGGAACUCGGAAUUAAGUUCGUGGAUUCCAACAAUCAGACUUGGGGUGCUUUUCCUCAAUCCGGCGAGGGGAGCUUCACGAGUGAGUUUGAAAUCGUCAGGGGCGAGCUGGCGACGAUCUUCUACGAGGCUUCAGGGGAUAAAAUCGAGUACAUCUUUGGGGAUUCGAUUGAUUCGAUCGAAGAGACCGGCCAUUCGGUCAAAGUGACCUUGCAGAAGGACAGCUCAAGACACAUGGAAUACGAUAUCCUGAUUGUCGCCGAGGGCCUCACUUCACGGACACGCGCCAAAGCCUUCAAUGAGGACUUACGCACCCCGAUCCGAAGCUUGAACAUCUGGGCUGCCUCGUUCUCCUACGAACAGGGAGACUCAGACGAAGACUGGGCGCGCUGGUACAACAUUCCAAACCGCAAGGGUUUCCUUGUUAGGCCAGAUGGGUUUGGACGAGUCCGAGCUACGGCCUCAUGCAUCGAUGAGGGCGAGGCCAUCAAGUUGAUCGCAAGCUCGCGCACUUCGACUGAGAAACAGAAAGAGUACUUUAUCAAUCUGUUCAAGGGAUCCGGAUGGGAGUCCGACAAGAUUCUUGAAGGCCUCCGUACAGCCAACGACCUCUACGUUCAAGAGAUCGCCCAGACCAAGGCCAAAGCAUGGUCCAAGGGGAGAGUGGUCCUGGUAGGUGAUACGGCCUUCUGUCCAUCGGCGGUCACGGGCAUGGGCACCACGGCGGCCAUCGCAGGCGCAUACGUCUUGGCCGCUGAGAUCGUCAAGAACCCAUUGGAUCACCAAGCCGCAUUUUCCGCCUAUGAUGACACUUUACGCACCUGGAUCGAAGAGAUCCAAAAGCUCCCUCCAGGAGUCCCUAAGCUACUGAACCCGGAAACUGCAUGGGGAAUCAAAAUAUUCUUGGUGGUUGUGUAUCUUAUCUCUACGGUCAUCAAUAGUCGCUUCUUUGCGCUCUUGAGCAAACUCAAUCCUGCCAUCCACUUUCGUGUCACUAGCAAGGCAAACUUAAACCUUCCGGAUCCCUCUAUUUUUGAAACUCCGAGGAAUAAACCGCAGCUUGUCUUUCGCUCAUCAACAAUUUCUCUCCCUUCAAGAAUUGGUUGA